UUACACUAAAUAGUGGACGGUAUUACGUAGUAAGACAAAAAUAAAAAAAAUAGAAAAGAAAACCGAUAAUAAAGUGUAAAAUUGUAUAAACAGUGUAACUAAGAAACGUCUCUUAUUACUAAAUUGCCAGAGUAAACAAUAACAACAAAAAGUAAACAAAAGAUAACGAGCGACGAAUAAUAAAGUAGCCGUAAUUAUUGUUGUUGUAGUUGUAGUAGUAACAUAAAAAGCUUUACAAUGAAACUGCCAGUGCUUAGUUUAUUCUCAACAUUACGCCAGUCAUUGCUACAACAAUCCACAAAAACUCUGGUUGCAAAACAAACUCCUCAUCUAGUCAAACAGCAGCAGCAACUACGUUUACAUCAUUGUUCCACCAUGUUACCACGUAUUUCAUUCUCAAACGAUUUCUUUUUCCGUCAGUUGUUCGAUGCUGAUAGUUGGACAUAUACCUACUUGUUGGCUGAUGUGAAUGCCAAGGAAGCCAUCAUUAUUGAUCCCGUUUUGGAACAGGCUAAACGCGAUGCUCAGUUAAUAAAUGAUUUGGGCUUUACUUUAAAAUAUGCCGUUAAUACCCAUAUGCAUGCUGAUCAUAUAACCGGUAGCGGUUGGCUGAAACAAUUGUUGCCUGGUUGCCAGUCAGUAAUAUCUGUUGAUAGCGGUGCUAAAGCCGAUAUACACAUACAUGAGGGCGAUAAGGUGCAAUUUGGUCGCCAUGCUAUAGAAACAUUGGCCACGCCCGGCCAUACAAAUGGUUGCUUGAGUUAUGUUAUACACGAACAAGGCUGUGUUUUUACCGGUGAUACUUUGCUAAUAAGAGGCUGUGGCCGUACCGAUUUCCAAGAGGGCAACUCCCAGCACUUGUAUGAAAAUGUACACAAUAAAAUCUUUACUUUACCCGACAAUUUCCGCGUAUACCCAGCCCAUGACUACAAAGGCCAAAUGGAAAGUUCUGUUUGGGAAGAAAAACAAUACAAUCCUCGUUUGACUAAAUCCCUAGAAGAGUUCGUACAAAUUAUGGACAAUUUGAAUUUGCCUUAUCCCAAGAAAAUCGAUGCAUCUUUGCCGGCUAAUCGCGAAUGUGGUGUCUAUGAUAUACCCAAGGACCAGUGAGAGAUACAUACCCAACAAAUUGAUUUUGCUGUAUUUAAUUGAAACAAAUAUUGUAAACUACUUAUUCCUAAAUGAAAUUGUAUAUUUUUAUAGAUAAAUAAAGUAUUUCGAAAGAAAUGUUAAACAAA